AUGGCGCGAAACAUCUUGAUCCGGCAUCUGCCAAUCGCGCAGUCGACCACAACCUUUCAAGCUGUCAGCUACCUGCUCGGAGUCGCGCUCUUCUCUAUCUCUUUCCUCGUCUUCCUUAACAGCAGCAUUUCCUUUGUCAUCACCGACCUGCUUCAUAUCGAAGAUGGCGUCGGUGAUAUCGUUGGUACUCUGGGCUUUGUCGAUGAGAUCGUAGCCCUGAUCGCAUGCCCCUUCUGGGGCCUGAUAUCUGACCGUUUGGGUGUUCGCUUCGUUGCCAUGGUUGGAUAUGCCAUCAUUGGCCUGGCCCUGUUUCUGUUUGUCCAGGCUUCCAACGUCUACCCUCAGCUCCUCCUGGCGAGGAUCUUCUUCGCUCUUGGGGCUACUGCCACAGCCACCAUGGUCACGGCGACUCUCCCCUGCUUGACUGACGACUCCGACUCCUCCCCGGAGAACGAGGGCGAGACGGAGUCAGCUCAGCCCUUCCUCCGCCCAACGCACAACAACCGCGACAGCGUCGCCCUGUCUGUCGAGUCCGAUCUCACUAUCACCCCCGAGCGCUACACGCGGCCCGGCUCCAACGGGGAUGCCUCCAACGAACCGCAGUGCACCGUCGACCCAGCCCAAGGCAAGCCAUCUAUCCUUGCCGGCUACGUCGGACUCUUCACUGGCUUGGGCGCCCUGGUGUCCCUUCUGGCUUUCCUGCCCCUCCCCGCCCAGUUCAGCAAGAUCGAGGGCGUCGAGAUGGGCGAGGCCGUGCAAUAUGCAUACUAUGUCGUUGGCGCAAUUGCCAUCCUGGUUGCGUCCUUUGUUUACAUCGGACUCCGAAAGCUGAAGGGCGAGGAGGGCAAGGGCUUCCGCACCCUCUUCGGAAUGAAGAAGAGGCAGCUGCCCGACGGAUCCGAGCCCCCGCGCCGUACAUUCCUGCCUUAUCGACAGCUCCUUCGUGAGGCUGUCGUACUUGGUUUCACGGACUCUCAGAUCGGCUUGGGAUACUUGGGUGGCUUCGUGGCCCGCGCGUCAACAGUGGCCAUAUCCGCCUUUGUUCCUCUGUUCGUCAAUUCCUUCUACAAAGAUCUCCCUGGUGGCGACACACCGGAGUUUCAGAGGAAGGCCUACAUACUGGCCUCUAUUCUCACAGGAGUCGCGCAGCUGUUCGCACUCAUCUUCGCCCCUGUGUUUGGUUAUGUUUCAAGUCGUAGCCGUCGCAUCAACUACCCAAUUGCCGUCGCCACGGUCUUCGGUGUUGUCGGAUAUGCCGUCUUCCCCAACCUUUCGACCCCGGAAGUUUCAAAUGUCGACGGUCGGGGCGGAUCUGGAGGCAUUUUUGUUAUUGUUGCUCUGAUAGGCAUCAGCCAGAUUGGCGCCAUCGUCUGCAGCUUGGGCUCCCUGGGCAAAGGUGUACUGGCUGCGGACCCUCAUAAGAAGGGGACCCUGCCUUUGCCGGUGGGAGAGGCCUCGAUCGCCCAAACAGACGUGUCUGUUGAGGCUGGGGAGGGUGCGCCUUUGCUGAGCAACAGCAACGGCAACAAAUCACAUCCACAGUGCACCAGGGUUCUGCUAAAGGGCACCAUUGCUGGUGUAUACUCGUGGUGUGGUGGUGCGGCCAUCUUGCUUCUCACAAAGCUCGGUGGUUAUAUGUUUGAUGUGACGUCUAGGGGGGCGCCAUUUUACAUGAUGGCAGUUUUCAAUCUCGUGCUACUUGUCGCAACACUUGGUGUGGACGUGGUACGUCUUGCCAAGCAGAAGCGUUCCAAGCACUGA